AUGUCGCUGGAGGAAGAAGAAGUGCCCUUUGACUUGCCGGACUUGCCACAAUUUAGUGCGGUGGAGAGUAACAAACUUAGCAUCAUUGGGAGAACUCUCAAUCCGGAGUGUCAAAGGAUGAAGGAUCUGAUAUUAGAUAUGCCGAGGAAGUGGCAAGUAUACGAUAGAGUACGUGGUGUAGCUUUAUCUCCUACCAUGUUCCAGUUUGUGUUCAAAUACGAACACGAUCUCGAGGCGGUGAUGCGGAAGCGUGUGUGGACCUUUAACGAAUGGAGUGUCGUGAUUGAUAGGUGGGUGGAAAAGCCUCCUGAUGAUUAUUUGCAGUAUUUGUUGGUGUGGGUUCAGAUCAGAAAUAUUCCAGUGAACCACUACACAACAAAGGCUAUAGAAACCUUUGGUGGUUUUGUUGGGAAUGUGGAUGUGGUUGCUUUUGACCCAAGUAAGGCUCAAAGUCAGGACUAUGUGAGAGUUCGUGUAUUUUUUGAUGUCUCGAGACCGGUCAGAAGAACAAAAGUAAUCAAUUUGCCUCAAGGUGGCUCUGUUACUUUGAGAUAUGACUUCGAGAGAAUACAAAAGAGAUGUCAUCAUUGCCAGCGGUUAACGCACGAUAAAGAUAAGUGCCCUCAGCUAAUUCAGGAGAGGAAAGAUCAAGCUUCUGAGAGGCCUAAAAGAGUGCUGGAGGAGAAACAAAGAAGAGAGAUGGUGAUAUCGAGGGACGACCCUCUGUAUGGAGUUUUAAGCGAGGAACAAGUGGGGAUUGAUACUAUGACAGGAAGACGCAUAAUAAACCCUGAGGUCUUACAAAACAUGCGUGAAUAUCUACUAGCGGCUGAAGGUGGUGAAAAGCGAGUGAGGAUAGAGCGUGUGCGGAACUCUGUUAUGGAGCUUCAGAAUGAUCCGGUUGGCCAGAGAGAUUUUCUACGGCUAGAGGCUCCGCCAAAGGUGACAAGCAAUGUGGAUUUUGAAAAGGGUCGUGUGUUUGGGUAUGGUCUGAAAAAUGUGGAGAACCAGAUUGUCUCAAGGAGAUCAGAAGGAGUUGCUAAAUCUCCUAUGAUGGAGAAGGAGCAGCGAGGUGUGGCAUCUGAUCCUUUAAAGGGCAAAGAUUUCGAUCCUCCACUUCUUCCUGAAUUCUUUGAAUGUUCAACGGGUUUUAGCUCUGGUUAUGCAGAGGCUAACUCUUCCGGGACUUCAAGAAUAAAGGGAGGAAGACGAUACAGGCCUCCAAAACGUUUGCGGAGGUUUAAGCCGAGACUAGUUGAUGCAGAGAGAGAGGAUGCGACGGGGAAGGAUGAUGGGCCUCCUGUUGGCAAACAGGCUGCUAAAAGAAGAGCUGAAGCUGUGGCGGGAGAAUUUACAAGAGUUGCAAGAAGGUCAAAAUCUGAGGUGGUCCCAAAUGGGGGACUGCCCAAUCUUUAA